AUGCAAGCACUCACAACGCUAGGGGUAACAAACCAGGUAACCCUAGUAUGGGUCCCUGGACAUCAGGGUAUACCUGGAAAUGAGAGAGCGGACGAGCUGGCAAAGCUGGGCACCGAAAAGGUCCCGGCUGAACGGAUCGUCGGGGUCCCAUUUUCAGCAGGAACAAAAACGAUCAAAGAGUGGCUUGAACGGGAGCACUCGAACUCCUGGAAGAGGACAGAGAGCUGUAAACGAGCCAAACAACUCAUGAAACUUCCAAAACCAGCAAGAACUAGAGAAUUGCUGGCAAUGGGAAAAGCAAAACUGAGGAGCGGUAUAGGCCUCCUGACAGGACACUUGCCCCUCAGAGCACAUCUAUUCAACCUAGGACUAGCGGAGCAGUAA